UGCAUGGUAGUUAUCAACAUAGACAAGGGGUAUUAUGGUAAAUCACUCCUUUCCCUCUCCACCGAUCCUCCAACUAUAAAGGCCUUCCUCCGAUUUACCUCCUCGACGUUUGUUUCUUUUAUCUCUGAUGUCAACGAAUUUCGCUUUCAAAUUUCAUCAGCGAAGAGAUUGAGUUCAUACACAAUGCGAGGCCAUGCUUGGAUCAAUACCAUUCUUCCUGAUGAGCUGAUCAUUGAGAUCUUCCGGUGCCUUGACUCCAAGCUGAGUCGCGAUGCUUGUUCUCUCGUCUGCAAGCGUUGGCUCAAACUCGAGCGACUCAGCCGAACCACUCUACGAAUUGGCGCAACUGGUAGUCCCGAGCUCUUUGUUCAGCUCCUUGCUCGCCGUUUCGUCAAUAUCAGAAAUGUCCACAUUGACGAACGCCUGGCGAUUUCUCUCCCCCUUCAUUCAGGAAGAAGACGUCGCAAUGAAGUCAUGUGCUUGCCAUUUAACUCACACCAUGCAACUGAUAAUACUGGGGCUGAAGGUGCGCUGGAGUCUUCUUAUCUGUCAGAUGCUGGGCUAAUUGCUCUCUCCGUAGGUUUUCCAAACCUGGAGAAACUGAGCUUAAUUUGGUGCUCUAACAUUUCAAGUCAGGGUUUAACAUCCCUUGCUGAGAAGUGUAGGUUUUUGAAGUCGCUGGAUCUACAGGGUUGCUAUGUUGGGGACCAAGGUGUUGCUGCAGUUGGGGAAUUCUGUAAACAACUUGAAGAUGUAAAUUUGCGUUUUUGUGAAGGGUUGACUGAUACUGGUUUGGUUGAAUUAGCACGUGGUUGUGGGAAAUCAUUGAAAACAUUUGGUAUUACAGCCUGUGCCAAAAUAACGGAUGUCUCAUUAGAAGCUGUGGGUAUGCACUGCAAAUAUCUGGAGUCUAUGUCACUAGAUUCGGAAAUUAUCCACAACAAAGGAGUGCUUUCUGUAGCCCAAGGAUGCCCACUUUUGAAAGUCUUGAAGCUACAGUGUACAAAUGUCACAGAUGAAGCUUUGGUAGCUGUAGGCUCCUUAUGUCCUUCACUGGAAUUAUUGGCUUUAUACAGUUUUCAAGAAUUUACCGACAAGGGACUACGUGCCAUUGGAGUAGGCUGCAAGAAGUUAAAAAAUCUCACUCUAAGUGAUUGCUAUUUCCUGAGCGAUAUAGGCUUGGAUGCAGUUGCAGCUGGUUGUAAAGGACUAACACAUCUUGAAGUUAACGGCUGCCACAACAUUGGAUCCUUGGGACUAGAAGCCAUCGGAAAAUCUUGCCACCAGCUAACUGAAUUGGCUUUGCUGUACUGCCAAAAGAUUGUUAACUCUGGUCUUCUUGGAAUUGGUCAAAGUUGCAAGUUCUUACAAGCACUCCACUUGGUAGAUUGCUCGAGAAUUGGAGAUGAAGCGAUAUGUGGCAUAGCAAAAGGAUGCAGAAAUUUGAAGAAACUCCAUAUUCGUCGAUGUUAUGAGAUUGGGGAUGCAGGAAUUGUAGCUAUUGGCGAGAAUUGCAAAUUCCUCACAGAUUUGAGCCUCAGAUUUUGUGACAGGGUUGGUGAUGAGGGGCUGAUUGCCAUUGGCAAGGGUUGUUCCCUUCAGCAGCUGAAUGUUAGUGGGUGCCAUCGCAUCGGUGAUGCGGGACUUGUAGCCAUUGCUAGAGGUUGUCCUCAAUUGAGUUACUUGGACGUGAGCGUUCUCGAGAACUUGGGGGAUAUGGCAAUGGCCGAGUUAGGGGAAGGCUGCCCUUUGCUUAAGGACAUAGUACUGUCUCACUGUCACCAGAUAACCGAUGCUGGUUUAAUGCAUUUAGUGAAGAGAUGCACCAUGCUUGAAUCCUGUCAAAUGGUCUAUUGUCCUGGCAUCACCGCAGCUGGCGUCGCCACUGUCGUUUCCAGCUGCCCAAGCGUAAAGAAAAUUCUGGUCGAGAAAUGGAAGGUGAGCGAGCGAACAAAAAGACGUGCAGGCUCGGUUAUUUCCUACCUUUGCGUCGACCUCUAGUUUGCAUUUUCGAGUUGUGUUUGUCAUAGUAAGGUCACGUUACACGAUAUCUUAUUCUGGUGAAUCAAUCUGAAUCUGUUAUGGUUUCACUUCUCAGUUGCAUAAGCAGUUUCGAGUUGAAUCUUUUGUUGAAAUUGUAUUAU